GAGAGACAGCCCUGCUCCGACAGCGGGCCGCCGGCCACCAGCUCUGGCAGCUCGUGCAUCUGCUCCGGCGCUCUGGGGCUUAACCUCAGCACAAUAGAUUCUAACAGGAAGUGCCACUUCAGAAGCUCUGGAAAUGACUCACAGAAUAAUUCUGCUCUCCAGAGAGAAACCGUAACUCAUAUGACUGUGAUGGCCCACUGGCUGGGUCUGACUUAGAUAACCCGCUGCUCUUCAUCCUCCUUCCGCUCCAGAGACCCCUCUGAUGACGUUAGAGAUAUUCAUGCCCAGGAGAAGGCCGCUGUGGGUCCCUCCGGACCUUUCCUAACAGGAGACCCCCAUUCACUAGAUGACUUCCAGAACUACCCACUAAGGCUUCCGGAGCCCUCUUCCAUCAGCUGAGCUUCACACAAGCCACCACUCAAGAUGAGUGGCUUCCUGGCCUCACUGGAUCCCCGACGGGUACAGUGGGGGGCCGCCUGGUAUGCCAUGCACUCCAGGAUCCUACGCACCAAACCAGUGGAGUCCAUGCUGGAGGGCACUGGGGCCACCACGGCACAUGGCACCAAACUGGCCCAGGUGCUCACCACUGUAGACCUCAUAUCUCUUGGAGUUGGCAGCUGUGUGGGCACUGGCAUGUAUGUGGUGUCUGGCCUGGUAGCCAAGGAAAUGGCGGGGCCUGGUGUCAUCGUGUCCUUCAUCAUCGCUGCAGUUGCAUCUAUUUUAUCAGGAGUGUGCUAUGCAGAGUUUGGAGUCCGAGUCCCCAAGACCACAGGAUCUGCCUACACCUACAGCUAUGUCACUGUUGGGGAAUUUGUGGCAUUUUUCAUCGGCUGGAACCUGAUCCUGGAGUACCUGAUUGGCACUGCAGCUGGGGCCAGUGCUCUGAGCAGCAUGUUUGACUCACUGGCAAACCACACCAUCAGCCGCUGGAUGGUGGACAGCGUGGGGACCCUCAAUGGCCUGGGGAAAGGUGAAGAAUCAUACCCAGACCUUCUGGCUCUGCUGAUUGCGAUCAUUGUAACUGUCAUCGUUGCUCUGGGGGUGAAGAACUCUGUGGGUUUCAACAACGUCCUCAACGUGCUGAACCUGGCAGUGUGGGUGUUCAUCAUGAUUGCAGGCCUCUUCUUCAUCAAUGGGAAAUACUGGGCUGAAGGCCAGUUCUUGCCCCAUGGCUGGUCCGGGGUGCUGCAAGGAGCAGCUACAUGUUUCUACGCUUUCAUUGGCUUUGAUAUCAUUGCCACCACCGGGGAAGAAGCCAAGAAUCCUAACACGUCCAUACCAUAUGCUAUCACCGCCUCGCUGGUCAUCUGCCUGACAGCAUAUGUAUCUGUGAGCGUGAUCCUAACUCUGAUGGUACCAUAUUAUGCCAUUGACACUGAAUCCCCACUUAUGGAGAUGUUUGUUGCUCAUGGCUUCUAUGCUGCAAAAUUCGUAGUGGCCAUUGGGUCAGUUGCAGGAUUGACAGUCAGCUUGCUUGGCUCCCUCUUCCCAAUGCCAAGGGUCAUUUAUGCCAUGGCCGGUGAUGGGCUGCUUUUCAGGUUCCUGGCUCACGUAAGCUCCUACACAGAGACUCCCGUGGUGGCCUGCAUCGUGUCAGGCUUCCUGGCUUCUCUCCUCUCACUGUUGGUUAGCCUGAGAGACCUGAUAGAGAUGAUGUCCAUCGGCACACUCCUGGCCUACACCUUGGUCUCUGUCUGCGUCCUGCUUCUUCGAUACCAACCUGAGAGUGACAUUGAUGGUUUUGUCAAGUUCCUGUCUCAGGAGCACACCAAGAAGAAGGAAGGCAUUCUAGCUGACUGUGAGAAGGAAGCUUGUUCUCCUGUGAGUGAAGGGGAAGAGUUUUCUGGCCCCGCCACCAACACUUGUGGGGCCAAGAACCUGCCAUCCUUGGGGGACAAUGAGAUGCUCAUCGGGAAAUCUGACAAGUCGACCUACAAUGUCAACCACCCCAACUACGGCACGGUGGACAUGACCACGGGCAUAGAAGCGGAUGAAUCUGAGAACAUUUAUCUCAUCAAGUUGAAGAAGCUGAUUGGGCCCCGUUACUACACCAUGAGAAUCCGGCUAGGCCUUCCAAGCAAAAUGGACCGGCCCACAGCAGCAACAGGGCACACAGUGACCAUCUGCGUGAUGCUGCUCUUCAUCCUCAUGUUCAUCUUCUGCUCCUUCAUCAUCUUCGGUUCUGACUACAUCUCAGGGCAGAGCUGGUGGGCCAUCCUUUUGGUUGUUCUAAUGGUGCUGCUGAUUAGCAUCCUGGUGUUUGUGAUUCUGCAGCAACCAGAGAACCCCAAGAAGCUGCCCUACAUGGCCCCCUGCCUCCCCUUUGUGCCUGCCUUUGCCAUGCUGGUGAAUAUCUAUCUCAUGCUAAAGCUCUCCACCAUCACAUGGAUCCGGUUUGCAGUCUGGUGCUUUGUGGGUGUGCUCAUUUACUUUGGGUACGGCAUCUGGAACAGCACCCUGGAGAUCAGCGCCCGGGAGGAGGCCCUGCACCAGAGCACGUACCAGCGCUACGACGUGGACGACCCCUUCUCGGUGGAGGAGGGUUUCUCCUACGCCACGGAGGGUGAGAGCCAGGAGAACUGGGGCGGGCCAGCUGAAGACAAAGGCUUCUAUUACCAGCAGAUGUCAGAUGCGAAGGCAAACAGCCGGACAAGUAGCAAAGCGAAGAGCAAAAGCAAACACAAACAGAAUUCAGAGGCCCUGAUUGCAAAUGAUGAGUUAGAUUAUUCUCCAGAGUAAUCAUAAAAUCGCAGAAAUGGUGAUUGGUUUUCAGCAACUUCACUUGUGGGCUAGAAGGUGGACACAUUUUUUCACUCAUUUCCCCAAAGUCAAUCCUCAGUCAUAGCCUAUCACUUGCUAUUUUUGCUUGUCAGAAUGGUUGUAAAGAAGGGUUAAUCCAGGGCUCCUAACUGGUCCCUUUAUGAAAAGAAUAAACAGGAUACACGAAUUCCAUCUAAGGGGCAACCAGUGAGGCUGAAGGUAGCAAAUUUGCUUUGUUAGUUGAAUUCUCUUGCUUCUUACUGUGACCCCAAGAAGCAAGGGGCAAGCUUCUCCGCCCCACAGAGGCUGCAGCUCCUUUGGAGUGCAACAGAGCAGGUGGGUGUGGGCAGUGUUUCAGUCACCUGAGAGCACAGAGGCGCGUCAGGUGAGCGCCCCUCCCAGGUCAGAGUGAGCAGGCAGGGGUCAGUGCCUGCUCCGUAAACAGACUCACUCACCCCCAAAACACCAUAGAGUGGACAUGCUUCCUUUUUUCACCCAUGUUCUCUCAGUUUCCAGUGUUUUAGGGUCCAGCAAAAGCAAGGACCCUCCGACUACUUCCCCAAAAGUUUCAAAUCCAAACCCAAUAACACGGUAAGAACACCAUCAAGGCUCUACUUAACUGCUCAGAAAAAAUUAAAUAGCCAUCUCUUACCACGAAGGCUGGAAGGGCAUUGGCAGAAAUUAACUACCUGUCAGAUCUUCCCUUAUACCAGACUCUGAGCUCCUGCUGAUAGGAUGACAGAGGGCAGAGGUGGAGCAUGAUUUCAUGACACUAAUAUGCCUUGAAGAAGUCAGUCAUUUGUUUUUAUAAUCAGAUAAAAAUCUUUGCAAGGAAAAGUGACCCAGUCACUCAGAUCACAUUGCAAAUUCUACUUCAUAUUUCUAAAAUUAUAAAUUCUGCAGGCUUUUUUUUUUUUUAAAGACAUGCAACCACUUGAUUGGCGGGUCCUACCUUGAAAAAAAAAAAUGUUGAAGCCCUGCUACUUAGGUAAUUACAUUCCAUGAGAUCACAUUUCACCUCUGAACCUUAUGCCUUUAGCAUAGCUUACGUUUUUAAGAAUCUUUUCCUCUGUUAUUUCCCAAAGCAGUUUCACUGAAGCCUAGAGAAAUAUCUGCCUGAUAAGGUCUAAAUUGGGGCCAUAAGAAGGAUUCUUAAAAGAAUUUUCUCUGAAAUAGGAUAAACAGGGAAAAACACAUGGGCUAUAAAUUCUACUGUUGGAUUUCAAGGAUUCCCACUGGCAUGCAUGUGAAAACAGUGAUUUUAAUCAAGCUAAGAUCUUUGGGAAAAUAUUCUGGAAGGGGACAAACAGCAAAUUUCUUGCCUUCCCUCUCCUCAAUUUAUCGUCCUGCCAAAACUUGUCCAAAAUAUAUCACCUCUGAACCUAUUUUUUCUUAAAACUUGGGGCUGAGGCCUUGGCAGAAGAAAUAAAGUUCAUUUUUUCAUUCAAUUACUAGUAAGCAGGCCUAGUAACGGAAGGGCAUGAGAAGAAAUAUGUCUGCCUUUCUAGUCCACUAUUCCAGGAGGAAAAACCCCAGAGCCUGUGAAACAAACCUAAAACAACCAAACUUGACACGUCCUCAUGACUGGGCUUCAACACAGCACGUAAAAAUCAAUUGAAAGUAGGUUUUUUAAAAAUAUGCCUUUAAAUAAAUUGUGUAUCAUGCCCACAACCAAUGUCUACCAUUAAAUUCAAACAACUAUCAUUUUAAAGAUAUUUUGUAUCCCUCCAUAUUAACUGUUUAUUAACUGGCUUUGUGAGUACAUUUUGUCAUUUUUGUGUUAUGUUUGAUGAUGCUGUGAUUUCUCUUCCCUAAAUGUAACCGUACAGAUACAGGGCCUGGUCUGUGACAUGUGUCCUUGAGGAUUAACUCUAAGAUAAUUAUUAGUAAUCUUUGGGAAACAAAGUUUUAAACUGUUUUUAAGACUGAAGAAAUCUGACCCAAUACAAUCUGCUAAGCUUACCACACAAUCUAGAUAGAUGGGGUGGAAUUAUAUUAAACAUUAAACAUGUUGAAGAAAAACAUGAAUGCAAAAUAACAAAAACAACAUGGGUAAAGGAGUUUCCUUUUAACUAUGAGGUUUUGGUCUUAAAGUUGCUAGUCUGAUGGCAGGUUGUGUGUUUCUAUAGGAGGAAGAACACAUGCUUUAGCUAACACCACUGGUGUUGUUCUUGUGUGGGUCCUAUGAGCCACUCUCAUUUUGAAAACCAUUUUGUCCCAAACAGUAUCUUUAUGUAUUUUUAAGCUUUCCUCUUUAUUUUUUAAAGGUGAUGGGUCAUCUCCCUAGCAACCUUGGGUUUUAAAAAAGUCAACAUUGCAGGCCAAGUUUUUCACAACACAUUGACAUAUUUUUUCUCAUAUUUCUCAUUUUGAAAAAUAGUUACAGAUUUCACCAUGGAGUUUUCAAAUACUGUCAAUAAUUGGGAUAAUUAUAUUAGAGUGAUUCGAACAGAUUUCUAAAUAUUAUGUUUGCGGGACUGCAUUAAAAAUAGAUCUGUACAUAAGUAAUUACAGUGGUGCCUCAAUUCAGAAACUUAAUUCGUGCCACAAUUCUGGUCACAAACCGAAUUGGAUGAAAAUCAAAUCAAGUUUCCCCAUAAGGUCAGCAUUGAAUCUACCCAUUGAAUUUGAUUUGGUUCUCACCCAGUUUGGUUUGUGACCAGAAUCUUGGAAAUAAUUAAGUUUGUGAACUUAAUUCUUAAGUUUCUACACAUGUCUUAGAAAUUUAACCCCCUUAAUGAAGCCCAAGAAAGAUCUACAUUUUAUUGAAUUCUUCUGUAGGGCAAUAACUUUUCUUAAAAUUUCAGUGUGUGAAAUUGGUGGCUUAGAACCAACUGAGUUUUUAAAUUUUUAUUCUAUUUACUUAUUGAUUCUCUGCAUCAAUUUAAAAAGAUCUGAGGUAACCAUUAAGUUAUAUAUGAUCCAAAAAAAUUAAAUGAAAAUUUCAAUAAAAAUAGAAAUAGGAUAAGGCAAAGCUGGAAGUCUGGUUAGUGCAGAAAUGCAAAAGUUUAAUAUGCUUUGCUAAAUCUGUCAAUGAGGGGGCACCUUAAAAAUAAUGAAAUCAGCAGUAGUGACAAAAAAAUACUGCUGCAUGAUGCAAAUGAACCUUUUCCCAUAAGAGCAGAAGACUGAAAUAGCACAGAUAUUGAAGAUAAGCCUCAAAUCUAUAUUUUAGUAGCUACAUGCGCCUCAUAUAUAGUGGGUAUUCAAUGACUAUCUAAUGAUUGGAUGGAUGAAUGGAUGAAUGAAUGAAUUGGGAAGAAAAUGAAGCAUUUGUUCACCAGUUAUUCAGAGUGCCUACUACGUGCUAUGGCAUAUUUUUAUAUAACAAUAAGUAAAAUAGAACUCCAGCUCUUAAGAAAUAAAGGGAAGUAGGAUAUAUAAACAAAAUGCAAAUAGUGUGGGUGAGAUAAGAGAUGGCGUACUACAGAGGCGCAAAUAUGGAGAAGACUUCCUUCGGCUGUAAAGCCUGCAAAGGACAGAGUUCUGUUCAUCUGCGUGAGUCUGUGGAACGAGCAGAUCCUUACUAAGCAGAAAUGAGAGAAAGGUAUACCGACCAAAGGAUGCGUCAGGUGCGAACUGUGGGUGGCAGCUGUUCUCUGACUAAUCUGUACUGUGCUUGCUUGGAGGGGAAACAAGGAGAUAGUUUAUACCCGAUGUAUGCAUGGAACAGUAGGAAAUCGUGCUAGGAUGAUGGCUAGUUGCACAUCAAACUGGCUCGCUUUGCUUGGGUGGGAAGACACUAGGGACCUGAUGGAAGUGGAUUAGAGAAGGCUGGACUUGAAAAAAGGUGGCUUUCAUUGUCUGUACAUGGUACUAACAGCUCACAUGCACACUCCAAGUUGAUUUAACAUAGCAAAGGAAAAAGUAUUCAUACGUAAAAGCAAAUAUGUGAUUCUUUUUGAAUCCUAUAUCUGAUUUCAUCACUAACCAAGGAAAAACAGUCUUAAUAUAUGGACACACAUCACAGAGUCAUUUACAGCUACUUUUAAAAGUUUAAUAGAAAGUUUCAACAACAAAAUUGCUUGUAUCUCUCUAAACAGUAAAACCUCAGUUUCCAGCUUUACUAGGCUUCACUGCUAGACCACUUUAAAGUAGUGACAGAAACUGAAAAACACAGCUAGGUGAAAAAUUCAGUUCUGCUUCAAAUCAAAUGUCUGAAUCAUAGUCAGGAUGACUCACGGUUUAAAAUUUAAAUAAAAGGAGGGAUUGUGAGGAGGGAAGGGAGCUGCUGAAUUUAACAAUCUGUCCCCUAGAAUGUAUGAAUCAGUCCAGAUACAAAUUCACUAAUUAUUAGAGAACAAAAUGCAAAGGUCUUUCCUCUGUUCUGCUGAAAAGAGCUGACAAUUGGACAUCCUUGAAACCGUGCUUUGGAGAGCCUGCCUCUUCUCUACAUGGUAAACAGAACCUACACCAGGUUGAGAAUCACAUAGAAGGCUGGAGGAAAUCACCAUUCCCCCUGCCAUCAGGUUUUACCAAGAGAGCUGAGAUGUCCCUGCAAAGUCUGUAAGUUAGCCACAGGAGUGCAUACUUUUGUGUCUCAGACUGUGUACAGAAGUCAGGCAUGAGGAACUGUGUCUGAGGCCAGAGCUUGAGUCUGCUCAUCUGGGGGAAGCGAAUGGUCCACUCUUGGAUUAAAGCCUCAGGUUACUGGGCAGUCCAGAGACCCUUAAUUUUCUAUAGGAAGGGAGAAGGGAAGAAAGCAGAGCAAAUGCAUCCCAAACUUCACUACUUGGGCCAUGCAACAUGAUGUUCGCGACAAGGCUUGAUGGGGGUCAGGGGAAGCAUGGUUUCAUGGUACUUCGGCUCCCCCACCUCAGAUGUACUGCUCUAGCUUUGAGGAUUUGUUUGCUGAGACCGUUUGGAGACCUUAAGAGUGAAGCCCCAGCAGGUAACCAGUGGUGGCCUGGCCAUGAAAGAGCAAGGAUUUGUACUUACGCAACCCAUGAGCACGGGCAUAGCAUCCCAAACCACAGUCCCCCGCAGGAGCAGGGGCCAGAUGCUGCCUCCCGAGGGUCAUCUUUGCGUUCCUCAGUUGGAAUGUGACAGGUGGUACAAAGUCCCUUUUGUGGACAGAGUUGUUAGUUCUGUGUCCACUUUGCUUUUCUCUAAGAUUUUAGAGGAGAAGCUGUUGAAUUGGUGUUCCCCCUCCUCAGGAAAGCUUCCUUUUGGAAAUGCUUUUCUCAUCUUGUCUUGUUCUUCUUAACACAUGCGCCCUUCUGAAACACUGAGGCAGUUGCCUUUUGCCAAAAUUACUUCUCUACAAAAUACAGAAUGUCUUCUUUUUUUAAGGACUUAAAGCCCAAAAUGGAUCAGUGGAAGUUUUGAAACCCAUCAAAAGUGAAUAUGUAUUUUGCAGUAUCAACUAAAAUAGCAUCAGAAAUCAUAAAACAGCGUACCACAUGCAUGGAAUUACACAACCCACACAGGACUUGCAUAAAGUUGGCUGGGGCUUGAAUUUUCCAGAUAGCAGGUAGCUCUAAUUUCUUACUCUUUGAGAACAUUUAGUGCAUGUUGGUAUACACCAGGAAAGACUUAAAUGGCUUUAUAUUAGAACUGGAAAACAAGGGCCGCCUUGUUUUUUCUAUUGAGGACUUCCUUUGCACUUUUUGUUGGUUGGUUAGUUCUUUUUUUCUAUUAAGCUUUCCUGGCACUGACACUGAUGACACUGGCUAAAAGAAAUUGUGGUUCAUGUGAAUUUCUUGAGAAGCGCAGAUUUCCAAGGAUUGUUCAUUCUGAUAUUGGGAUGAGGAAACUAUUCUGUGCACACUUACUGAUUGACCUUGGCAGUUGCUGAUAUACCUUUCUCACAGUUCUGAAGUUGAGAAUUACCCUGGAAUUCAUGAACCCCCACUUUCCAAAGCAGAGACACUGUCUAUGUUACACGGCGCCUAAAUACCUCAAGUGUCGGGCUGAGAGAAGGGGCUGAAAGACUUUUCAGAGAGCAGUGACAGUCCUCAUCCCAUGGAGUCAUACCAUCUGACAACAGGACUCAACCAACGCUCUAGUUUUUCUCACUGUGGAAAAGAAAUGUUACUGUUGCAUUCACAUCCAAAGUUAUAAAUAACAGCUCAUAACUUUCACUAACUUGUUUCCCUUUUGUUUUGGUCCUUGAGAAGUACAACUUGCAUUUUGCAGAUGGUAAUUGCUGGUGUUGUUCUGCUAUUUUGUUUUGUAUGAACUUGCUGUAUUUGUUAAAGUUUGUCUGCUUUGUGGUUUUUAAUUCCCAUUGGUGCACUGUACAAUGGGGUAUUGUAAUGUAUUAUGAAGAAAGAAAUAAUAUUCAGAUGUAUUAUGAAGUGUAUUUUAUUUUCAAAUGACUGUGGUGUUAACAAUAUAUUGAUUUAUCAAAAGUACUAAGGAAAAAUUCUAAAUUUACCAGAAUCUGUAUAUUUUAAUAAAUGCAUAAAGCUUUAUUGUGUGCCUUUAAAUUUAAAGAUGAGUUUAUAAAGGUCAGAAACAAAAAUGUCUUACUAUAAAAUAUCCACAGUAAUGUAAAGCUUUUACACAGGAGACUACAGAAAAGAGAAGAAAAAAGAUCAAGGUGUUUCCCAUAGUAUAUUAACCUUGACUCGUACCUGAAGUCUGUUACUUUUCUUCCAUUUUAAAAUGGAGAUGAAUAAGUGAAUUUUGCUUAAGUGUUUAAAUUGUCCUUUUUAGAAGUUAGAUAAAUGAGUUCAUUUUGAAAGUAAUCGCAUUUUCAAAAUAAAAAUAUUUUUUAAAUUACA